AUGACAUCAGGCUAUUCUGUACUCCAAUUAAAAGAAGAUGAUGUACUGAAGAUCCUUGCAGCUAAACUACAUAUUGGCUCCAAAGAUGUUAAUUAUCAAAUGGAUACGUAUGUUUGGAAAAAGAAACCAAGAAAUGAAGAUGCAUCAAUCAUCAAUAUUCGUAAAUUCUGGGAAAAACUUUUACUUGCUGCUCGAGCAAUUGUUGCUGUUGAAAAUCCGGCUGAUGUUUGUGCCAUAUCAUGUCAACCACAAGGCCAACGUGCCGUAUUGAAAUUUGCAAAACACACGGGUGCUACAGCUAUUGCUGGCCGUUUUACACCCGGUUCAUUUACAAAUCAAAUUCAAGCUGCAUUCAAAGAACCUCGUCUAAUUAUUAUUACUAAUCCAAUUGUUGAUCAUCAAGCUGUCAGUGAAGCUUCAUUUGUGAAUAUUCCUGUUAUUGCUUUUUGUGAUGCAUCAACAUCUCUUCGUUAUAUUGAUAUGGCUAUUCCAUGCAAUAAUAGGGCUGUUAAAUCAAUUGGUCUUAUGUGGUGGUUUUUAACACGUGAAGUACUUCGAUUACGUGGUGAAAUUAAUCGACAAGCACCAUGGGAUGUUAUGGUUGAUUUAUUUUUCUAUCGUGAUCCCGAAGAAACUGAAAAAGAAGAUCAAGCUGGUCUUACUAGUGAAGAUCGUGAUAAAAAACGAUUGGGAUCAGAUUUUCCUUAUUAUGAUGAUGGUCCAUCAAUGAUGCCUGCUGCAGAAACUUUUGCAGGUAAUCGAGAUGGUUGGGGUGCAUCAGCAACUGAGGGUUGGACUGCUGCUGGAACAGGUGGCGCUGAUACUAACGAAUGGAAUGCAUCAAAUGCAGCCAACACUGGUGUUUCAAGCAACUGGUGA